AAAAAAAAAACCGCCAAUGUACAGAAUCUUCGUCUUUCUACUCAACCGGUGAUAAUAAUCUCACCAAGGCGUUGCCCCCUAUACCGCUGUUAGGCGAGAGUAAACAAGACAAAAGUUAAGAUGAGUGAACAAAGAGCCGGCGGCGGCUAUGUCGACCCGAACUUCCCUAAUCCCGGCGGCAAAUGGGACACGCCCAUCAUCAUCUACGGCUACACGCCGUCCUUCGCGCUCGCCGUCCUCGCCGACGUGUUUUUUUUCCUCCUCCUCGUCGUCCAAACGUGGCAGGUCGUCCGCCACCGCAGCUGGUACUUCGUCACCGUGCCCGUCGGCCUUCUCUUCGAGAUCGUCGGCUACGUCGCGCGCUCCCUCUCGGCCCGCGCAAACCCGUACAACCUCAUCUACUUCAUCCUCAACUACUUCUUCAUCGUCACGGCGCCCGUCUUCCUCGCCGCGGGCGUCUACACCGUCCUCUCGGCCCUCAUCCACCGCCUAGGGCGCGGGUUCUCGCCGCUGCCGCCCAAGGUCGUGCUCUGGUUCUUCAUCACCUCGGACGUCAUCGCGACCAUCACGCAGAUCUCGGGCGCCGCGCUGAUCGGCGUCAAGCAGUCGCGCCGCGAGGACCCGACGACGGCGAACAACAUCCUGCUCGCCGGGCUGGCGUACCAGGUGUUCUCAAUCGGGUGCUUCGUCAUCACGACGUCGGUGUUCCUGUUCAGGGCCAGGCACGCCAUCAAGGAACACAGACUGACGGCUUUUGUUGCGGCGUUCGCGGCGGCCACGUUGCUCAUCUACCUGCGCACUUGCUUCCGUCUCGCCGAGACCGCGGAGGGCCUCGGAGGGGAGCUAUACUCGAACGAGGUCUACUUCGGCGUGCUCGAAUUUGCGCCCGUGGUGCUGGCCGUCAUUCUGCUGUCUGUCUGGCACCCUGGCAGAUGCGUCGCCAGGAAGGUCUCCGGGGACGUUGGUGAUGUUGAGAAGAGUAAGGUCCGCAGCAACGAGUCAGUUCAGAAGUAGACACUUGGGGUUCAUGCAGGUAGCUAGUCGUAUUCCUAUCAUCAAAUAAUCGGCCGUAUACGCCCCGUCCUAGCCCAUUCGCCAAAAUACCAGCCCUCUCCAGG